CAUGGAUCAUGUUGCAUGUUGCCUGCCUGAGGGACGCAAAGGAGAAGAAAAGGCGGUUGUCAUUUGUCAGUCCGUCGUAAGAAGUGUUGUCGUUUCGAGCUACUAGCUGUAGUAAAAAUUACUACAAACGAGACUCUUUUAAACAAACACGGCGUGUGUUUCGUGUGAGUGUUUUGGCCCCUUAGGGGUCCUACAUGGAUAUGGCCGAAUAUUACCCUAACACGGCCCAUCAAUUAUUUUUCAAAACGGAAGAUUCGGAAAUAGACAUUAGUGGCAACGAAGACUCGGAUGAUUCUGGCGGGCCGGACAACCAUUCUAGAUUAAAAAAAUCAAUAAAUAAGGGCCGAUGGAGUAAAGAAGAGGAUGCCAGAUUAAAACAGCUAGUCGAUGAAUAUAAUGAAAAAUGGGAUAUAAUAGCAGAACAUUUUCCUGACAGGUCAGACGUUCAAUGUCAGCAACGAUGGACGAAAGUUGUCAAUCCUGAACUCGUGAAGGGACCCUGGACAAAGGAGGAAGACGAAAAGGUGAUAGAACUUGUUAACAAAUACGGAGCUAAAAAAUGGACAUUAAUAGCGCGGCACCUCAAGGGGCGGAUAGGGAAACAAUGCAGGGAAAGGUGGCACAAUCAUUUAAAUCCGAAAAUCAAAAAGAGUGCUUGGACUGAACAAGAAGAUGAAAUUAUCUACCAGGCCCAUCAAGUACUGGGAAACCAAUGGGCAAGGAUAGCAAAAUUACUACCGGGAAGGACUGAUAAUGCUAUCAAAAACCAUUGGAACUCGACGAUGAGGAGAAAAUACGAAUCGGAAAAUAGGGAAAAUGGGGAGUCAAAAAGGGGAAGGCACAGAAAAACGCUUAUUAGACAUGGAGAGAAUUUUUAUUCACAUUAUGGUCAGAGGUCACAGGCUUCUCAAGUUGGAUCCACUGAGGGAAUGCAGUCUUUUAAGAACGAAAAUGAAUGGACAGUUGAAAUGUAUGACCAGGCAAGUAGUCAAUCAAGCACUGGUGGAUUUUCAAAUGGUGCUCCUACCCCUAGUCCGACUUCUCAUCAUGUGCCUAAUACUUAUGAAAGAACAAACUCAUCGCCCCCGCAAAUGGUUCAAAGUAAUAAAGACCCUGAGUCUUAUAAUUACAUUAACGUAUACGGUAACCAGCCAUCACCUGUCAAAUUGACACCCUUGAAUGACGAUCCCUUAUCGGACUUCGACAUGGGAUUCUACAAUUCUCCAGGAGUAAGUCCUUUGAAGACCAACACUAGAAAUUUCAUCAAAGCUAAAAUUAUGCCCAUAAAUUAUGUACCUGUAAGUAGCGCACUUGAUGCGCCUCGUUCAUCAACGCCACCUAUUCUUAGGCGAGGAAAAUCGCGAAAACGUCGUGAAAGUACUGAUACCGAAGAAGUAAAUGUAGUCGACGUUGCACCUUGUAAAAUCGAUGAAAUUGAUUUGCUUGAUACGGCCAAACCAUCUUUCUUUAGUCCGUUACGAAACGGUCCGUCUCCAAUUAAACAGCUACCUUUUAGUCCUUCACAAUUCUUAAAUAGUCCACACAUCUCUAAUCUUACCUUCGACGUAACGAUGUCUUCGACUCCCAAGGCGUCCCAGAACGGACACGUUUCCACACCUGUCAAAGAUAAGAGUAGACCCGACCGAGAUUACAGCCCUUUAAGCACGCCGCGAGGUCUUCCCGCCAUUAUUAAAUUAGAACCAAUAGCGUCUUGUUCUACUUCGGACAUAACAUCCACGCCUAGCAAACGAUUCCCCAGUGAUACUCCCCGUACUCCGACGCCCUUCAAGAAAGCACUUGCUGAUCUCGAAAAGAAAUCAGGCGCCAUCAAGAAUCUUCCUGAUACACCUUCUUCGCGAUUAGAAGACAUAACUGAAAUCAUGAAGAAAGAUCAAGACAGUUCACACUACGAGACAGAUACUAGUAUGAUGGUCACUAACGAAAGUGGCUAUAUUUCUGGAAAUGUGACUGGAAAACGAAAGAGUCCAGCGUCCGCAGGUGGCAAAGAAAAUGUUCUUCCUAACAAGAGGGUUCGCAAAGCUUUAGCCCCCUCAUGGGCGUCGUCCUCAUCCCAAAUGAGUUCAUCGGAUAUAUCUUUUGCUGUUGAGACUCCUAGUAAGUCAUUGGGUGAGGACACUUCGAUAUUAUUUUCUACACCAUCUUCAAUUAUGAAAGACUCAUUGGGAGUGACUGGAUUGAUGGACUAUCCCCCUCAGGCGGGGUCCUCCAAGCGCCCGCUUCCCGUCAGUGCCCCAACAAACCGAGCCCCUGCAGGUCAUCGCAGUACGGCCGCCAAGCGGAUCACCUUCGAGGAACCUGGUCCCGUUGCUCCAAAGCUCGAAUCCCUAUGGGUUAUGGUUGCAUGUGGCCGAACUCAAAAUCAAUUGGAUCUUACAGAACAAGCGCAUACUUUCUUGAAAACAUCAGGUUUAAAACCGCGUUCAUUGAACUUUUAAAAAACUUAUUGUAUAUAUAAAUAUAAUAAAUACAUUCGUUAUUUGAAUGUAUAUAAUUUACAAAAAAGUGUAGUGCAAAUAGUUUGUUUUUUACUUAUAUAAAUUUGUUAUGUGUAAGUUUUAUUUUAUAAUAAGAGAGAAAAUUCUAUAAAUAAUAUAAUUUUGCACAUGUAUUAUAGUACUACUAAUUUUAAUAUAAUUGUCUUAUUCAGUUAACAAAUGAAACACCAAUAUUUUUGUAUUACAGUAUUUUUAAUAAAUUUCAUAUAGAUUAUGUUUAUUGCUAAUUUAUAUGGUGUUUAUGUUGUUAAUGGUCAUUCAAUUUUUGAAGCUGAGUGUAGAAUACAAAUUAAAUUUUUAUAGUUAUUUAUACAGUGUGCACUUUCAGUCUUGUAUCGAUAAAAAAAAAAUUCAAAGUUCUCGCUUUUAAGAGCAACUUAAAAUUGUAAUUUCAAAAAUAAACUUUACUAUUAUUUAUUACAUCACUAAUGUAAAUCAAAUAAAUUGUGCUGUCUUAUAGUC